AUGAAAACUACUAGGGACAGAGACCAUGACAAAGUUCAUGACCUCCUCACUGUUUCAUGUAUGACCUCCUUACUGUUCUCAUGUAUGACAUCCUCACUGUUCUCAUGUAUGACAUCCUUACUGUUCUCAUGUAUGACAUCCUUACUGUUUCUCAUGUAUGACCUCCUCACUGUUCUCAUGAACUUUUCAUUAUUGCAUGA